AUUUUCCAAUUUAAGGCAUGAUGAACACUGGGAGUUUGGGAGUUUUAGAAAACAUUUGUCCUAUCGCAAACGCAAUACGCAAUACGCAGCCCAACGAUUUCACCAAAGCAAAGUCAGGCCCCAACUUGGUAACAGCUUUCACUUCAGAGUUCAGAACCAUCCACUCUUUCUUCAAACAAAUAUCGUUUGUGUGUGUCAGUCUCACACACACACAGAGAUUUAAGCUAGGUUAGGUUAAUUUUGAAUCCGCUGAAUCGAAUCGCAAUGUCGCAGCAAGGGUUCGCGAUCGAGCUAUACUUAGAGCCAGCGCUGGAGAAUCAGGUUCUGAAAGCAUGGAACGUUCUGGCGCGGAGACAAAUCAGCACAGAGCUGAUAGAAAUGGAGUCUCGGCCACACAUAACCCUAUUCUCGGCACCAUUUCUAGAACCUUCCAAGCUCGAUUCUCUCCUAAAAGUGUUCGCCUCCAAGCACGACCCUCUCCCUCUCACUUUCUCAUCCCUCGCCACUUUCCCCAACAACCUCCUCUUCCUCGCCCCAACCCCUUCCCUCUCCCUCCUCCACUUUCAGUCACAGCUCUGUGACGCUAUCAGAAAAGAAGGCAUCGAAAUCGCUCAUGAAUUUGCUUUCAAUUCGUGGAUCCCUUAUUGCUCCGUUGCGCACCAUGUCCCCCAAAACAGAAUGCCUGAGGCUUUCUCACUCUUGAGGGAACUGAAGCUUCCGGUUUCCGGUUACGCUAUGGAUGUUGCGCUCGUACAGUUCUCUCCGGUUCGGGAAAUCUUCUCGUUUGUGCUCGGCAACAACGUAGACUCGUGACCGACGGUUUUUCUUAUUACUCUCUACAGAACUCCAUAGUUGCUAAUUUCUUUUUCCUUUUUUGUUUUUUUUUUUUUUUUAAUUUUGUAAUGUUAAGUUAGUAGUAUGAGAUUAGAUAAUUUGAUUGUUGUUGGUUGGAGAAUGGUUUGGGAGGGAGGGUUUUGGUUCCUCCUGAAAUUCUCUUGUUGUAAUGAUUGAUGGUGUCGUGUUACACCGAAUUUGAUAGAUUAUGGAACUUGCUUUAUUUAUCUUACUAGUAUUAGUUGCUCUUGCUCCCUUGUAUAUGUGUAUCAACUAUCAAGAACGAAUGUUGG